AUGUAUGAUUGGAAAAAACCUACUGUUUAUACUCUCUCAACAAUCACAGAAGUUGAACUGGCAACAUCAGCAAGCUCUUUGACUGUAAGGUUGAUGAAUGGAGAAAACAGGUGCCAGGGUCGACUUGAAAUCUUUUACAGUGGAAACUGGGGAACAGUCUGUGAUGAUGGUUGGGACUUACAAGAUGCAGAGGUUGUAUGCAGACAACUUGCCUGUGGAGAAGCUAUGGAAGCCCCCAAAGAAGCCUAUUUUGGAGAAGGCACUGGCAACAUCUUCCUAGAUAAUGUCCAGUGCAAAGGAAAUGAAUCAUCUAUAGAAGAGUGCUCCCAUUCAGGCUGGGGAGCUCGUGAGUGUCACCACAAGGAAGAUGCUGGUGUCAUCUGCGCAGAAAGAGUUUCCCCUAUGACAAAGAAUCCUAUUACACUUGUUCAGGUACUAAGUACUCAGUAUCCAAAUACUACACCUGUUCCUCCUGUAAGCACGCAGCAUCCAACUACUCCGGCAUCAACAUCUAUAUCUCUGCCUAUCACUCAGAAGCACACUACUUCUGGCAACUGCCUCUGUGGGUGCACGCUCACAGGUCCUUCAGGUUCAUUUUCAAGUCCAUUCUAUCCUUCAGACUACCCAAGGAAUUCCCACUGUGUCUGGAACAUACAGGUAGAGGAAAGGCGUCAUAUAGAACUCAUAUUUCAAGAUUUCAGAGUGGAAAUUACCAGGUUCUGCACACUUGAUUUUGUUGAAAUCUUUGAUGGCCCUUUCCCAACAUCACCCUCACUUGGAAAGAUUUGUUUCAGUUCAAGAAAGAUAUAUGUAUCCUCUUCAAACAAAAUGAGAAUUGAAUUUAUAAGUGAUUCUAGUGUGAAUGAGAGAGGCUUUCUUGCAACCUAUCGUGAAGUUCCUCCAAAGAAUAUUGUGACAACAACUCUUCCGGAUGAUGCCACAGAUUUUGGUAAUCUUUAUUGUUGUUCCAUUACUGCAUUGUUGGAAACCACCACAAAUCUCCAUGUCAACAAGGUAACACUUUCUUGCUUGACGGAGUACAUGAAGGCAGUUAUCGGGAAACAAUAUCUCAUUUCAAAGGGCUGUUUUGACUGUAAUUUGUACUUAAGCGAUGCUGCCUGUAAACCUGAGAUUACAAGUGAUGAGUUUAUAUUCUAUAUACCAUAUGAUGGUUGUGGGACAAACAGGGAAAAUAAUGGGAAGAUUAGCAGUUUCUCCAAUACUGUCAGCAGCUCUGGAAAUGGUGUAAAUCCUCAGUUUCGUUUUAUCUGCAAAAUGGAGCCCAACAGAAAUAUGGAAGUCACCCACAACAUCAAUGAAUUUGAAUUCACAAACCAAGGACCAAGAUUCCAUGUGGAAUUCUUAUUUUAUCAGUCAUCUUUCUUUUUACAGCCAAUAAAUAACAUGGGUUACUUUAUGAACCUGAACCAGAAUGUGUAUAUCCAAGUCACACUCUAUACCUUCAGUAGAGAUCUGACAUUAUUCAUAGACUCUUGUGUGGCAUCCCCUAAUCCUUAUGACUUCACGACUGAGAAUUACAUCAUGAUGAAUAGAGGGUGCAUAAGAGACAGUACAUAUAGACUUUUUUUUUCAAGAAACAGGAGGAUCAUCAGCUUCAGAUUUAAACGCUUCAGGUUUCACAACAACUAUUCCACAGUUUAUAUUCGCUGCAAAGUACUGGUGUGUAAAGCACUGGAUUAUUCCUCUCGUUGCUACAAAGGCUGCCUUAAAUAAGAGGGAAAUAAGCUGUGGGCCAUUUAUGCUUACCAAAUGAACUCUGACAGCUUGAAUAUAAUCAAAAUCAUGCCUUAUGAUGCAAAUCAUAAUGAAUCAUGCAAAUCAUUCUCACUAAUCACAAUUUUUCACAUGAUUGCACUGCAGAAUUGAAAUAUCCAACGUUCAAAUGUUCUCACUGUUGUGCUUCUAUCUACUGUCCUCACUUCUGUCAUUUGGUACACUUUGAUUUGAUGCGGAAACAUUUGCCAACACUUUCGCCUGAAUUCAUCAUACUUAAUUAGUCUGAACAACUUAGCAAAAUAAAUGAAGAUAGCUGG